AUGCGGCAGCGCAGAAGACGAGUGGGGCCCGCGGUGCACCACUACCACUCGCACGGGGGCGACGGCGCGGCGGAGGACCUGAGCAAGCUGGGGCGCAGCGCGUCCAUGGCGGUGCUGGACUGCGGGGGCGGCGACGGCGGCGUGGGCGCGUCGUCCACCUCGUCGCUGGACCCGUCGGCCAAGUUCCGCCGCCACGACGCCUCCACGCCCGGCUGCGGCGGCGCCGGCGGCGACCCCGUGCGCAUCCCCAUCUGGCUGUGCCUGCUCAUCGUCGUGCUGUACAUCUGCGGCGGCGCGCUGCUCUUCCACCGGCUGGAGAACUGGACGUUCCUGGAGGGCUCCUACUUCUGCUUCACCAGCCUCGGCACCAUCGGCUUCGGAGACCUCAUCCCCGGGCUGGCGCACAACGCCGCGCUGCCCGCGCCCGCCGCCGCCGUCGCCGAGCACCUCUCCGUCUUCGCCUCGUCCGCCUACAUCCUGCUGGGCAUGGCGCUCAUCGCCAUGUGCUUCAACCUGGUAUUGCAAUGA